AUGUUUAGUCACGUGACCGUGGGCGCCGUGAACAUGGCGGCUCGCAGUGAGAGUUCAGAGAGCAGUGUGAGGAGGAGACGCGUGGACAGCAGAAAGACAGAGACAAACUCGGAGAACAGCUGCAGAGAAGAUGGAGCAGACAGCAGCAAAGACUCCGAGACACAGAAGAGACUUGAGUCAUUACAGACCGGGACUUACUGGCUCACCCGGAUCGUGCUGCUGCGCUCCGUCGCCUUUAUUUACUUGGUGGCAUUCACUGUUGCCUUCAACCAGAACAAGCAGCUGAUAGGUGAGCACGGUCUGAUGCCCUGCAAGAGCUACCUCAACAGUGUCAAGCGCUAUGUCGGGGGAAAGAUAGGUAUGGCUGCCCUUGCGUAUACACCGUCCAUCCUCUGGUUCCUGGACUGGGAAAACAUGGAUUCCAACCUGGACGGCAUCGCCCUGGUGGGGAUGGCCCUGUCGGCGUUUGUGCUGGUGACGGGAAUGGCCAAUAUGGUGAUCAUGGUGACGCUGUGGGUGCUUUACCACUCGCUGGUCAACGUGGGACAGCUGUGGUACUCCUUCGGUUGGGAGAGCCAGCUGUUGGAGACAGGUUUUCUGGCCAUUUUCUUGUGUCCGGUGUGGACUCUGUCCCAGGUCCCUCGCUGCUGCCCUCCUUCCCUCAUCUGCAUCUGGACCUUCAGAUGGCUCAUCGUCCGCAUCAUGCUAGGAGCUGGUCUCAUUAAGAUCAGAGGGGACAAAUGCUGGAGAGACCUCACCUGCAUGGACUAUCACUACGAGACCCAGCCAGUUCCCAACCCCAUGUCCUACUACAUGCACCGCUCCCCAUGGUGGUUCCAUCGCUUCGAGACACUGUCCAACCACUUCAUAGAGCUCAUUGUCCCGUUCUUCGCCUUCCUGGGCAGACGCAUGUGCAUGGUCAAUGGAGCAAUGCAGAUCCUCUUUCAGGUGGUUCUGAUAGUGAGUGGAAACCUCAGUUUCCUCAACUGGCUGACCAUUGUUCCCAGUCUGGCCUGUUUUGAUGAUGCAUCCCUCGGCUUCUUGUUUCGCUCUGGAGAGGGAGCCAAGAAAGCAGUUCUGGAGAUACAGAAUGAGGAUGCAGCUGGACGCACCCCCAAACCCACCAAAGGUAUGCUGAUACGUCGGGUGGUGAACAUUUCCUUGGGCGUUCUGAUUGGCUGCCUGAGCAUUCCCGUGGUGAUGAACCUGUUAAGCUCCAGGCAGGUGAUGAACACCUCCUUUGACCCACUACGCAUCGUCAACACCUACGGGGCCUUUGGCAGCAUCACCAAGGAGCGUACUGAGGUGAUUUUCCAGGGCACUCUGAGUCCUGAUCCCAAGGACCCUGAGGCAGUUUGGGAGGAGUACCAGUUCCUGUGUAAGCCGGGGGACGUUUACCGGAGACCGUGCCUUAUAUCACCGUACCAUUACCGGCUGGACUGGCUCAUGUGGUUUGCUGCUUUCCAGACCUACGAGCAGAGCGAGUGGGUGAUCCACAUAGCGGGACGUCUGCUGUCCAACGACAGCACAGUCCUCUCCCUGCUUGACCACAACCCUUUCCAAGGCCGAGACCCCCCCAGGUGGGUGCGAGGGGAACAUUUCAGGUAUAAGUUCAGCCAGCCGGGCAGUGCCAGUGCAGCACAGGGGAAAUGGUGGCUGAGAAAACGCAUCGGAGCCUAUUUCCCUCCCGUGGACCUGGAGGGACUCAGGGGCUACUUCCAGUCCAGGAACUGGCCCCACCCACAUAUACCACCAAACAGCAACUAAAGACACAACCUCAGACAGCAGCACCUAAAGGGAGUCAGAGGACUACAGGAGAGGGAGUCUGAAAGAGGUCAGAUUUGGUGUGAUACUGCUGGAGUUGGAUAGAUGUUACAAGGAAGGACCAUGGAUGACAUCAGUGUAAUUCUUAGAUAAAUCAGCCAGUUUUCUCACACAGCUACAAACAAACAGUAUCUGUGGGGCUAUUUUUAAUCCUGUCAGUUGCCCAUUGUUACUGUACACAUUGCCAACAACAUAAUGAAAGAUAAUACUAGACAUUUGGAUUUCAUUUGACUACCAGUGCAUUACCAUGCUCCUCCAUGUUCACUAUAGAGAUGUUGCUUCCCUCAGCUUUUCUCUGAUGCUGCAGCUGUUCAUCAUCUCUGGGUUCAUUCUUCUCUGGUUUCACCUUGGGGUUUUCUUCAUCUCUUUGCUCUUGAACAUGUUUUCCUCAUUGUCUUGUUGUGGUCCUGUUCAUCUCUGGUUGUUGAACUGGGGCUGUCUCUCAUCUAGUUUCUUCUGUUGGGUCCUCUGGGGCCUGUUUUUUUCAUCCUUGUCCUGGAGUUGUCCAACAACAGCACGGAAAGAAAAACAGCCAAACAAUCCGAACCAAAUAACGUCUGUGAUCAUUAUUCUUGUAACAGAUUAAAAUGUUGUGAAA